GGGGCCUAUCUGACAGCAGUCAGAUGAGUCGGGAUAUGGCGUCGCUGCACCGACACAGGAUGAAUUUUCACCUCUCCGUGGGAAUUUACAAGUCGCGCGCCGGGACAUCGCUUGCUUUUUGCCGCCGUUAAAAGGGAUCACACAUGGCGAUGGAGGACGAGGACAAUAACGCGGAGGUCGCUGCGACCAACGUCCGAACGGGCAUCAAGAGAGGAGGUGAUGUCGGAGAUAACGGGGCUUGCAUAGACAGGCAGCCGGACACGGUGGUCCACCAGGCGGGGCUGAACCAGACUGCGGGUCGCGGCAGCCGCAGUGGUCCCGGAGCUCACGCUGCGACGGGGAUCCGAGUGCUAAAGCAGCGCAACAUGAAGCGGAAUGGGAGUCGAAGCUGCGUGACGAGAAAAACCAGGUUUGGAUCACGAGAGCGGGACUGGCUGAAAGGGGACACCCAGCGGGGCUGUGUGUGUCUGUAUGGGGGAACAGUAGACCCUCAGCCACCUGCCUCUGGCACACAGGCCUCCUCCACCCCUCAGACAGACCUGCAGUUGGUGCUCUGCUCCACCAGUACCACAGUGGAGGAGCUGUGCGCUCAGAAGAAAGGACACGCACUUUACGUUCAACUGCACGGAGACCUAGUGAGGAGGCUGGAUCCCUCUGAGCGUCCGCUCCAGAUGGUGUAUGACUACUUGGCGUCGAUGGGCUAUGCAGACCCUGUACGAGUGCAGCAAGAAGCCGCCAACUCAGACCUCAGCUGUUUGAUCCGUUUCUACAGUGAGCGUCCAGUGAAUGCGGACCAGCAGGAGCGGACCUUGCUGAAAGGCGUGUUCAGCGUCAGGAAGGGCAAGACUCAGCUGCAUAAGUGGGCCGAGCGGCAGGUCAUUCUCUGUGGCACCUGUUUGAUCGUGGCCUCUGUGAAAGACAGCCUCACCGGGAAGAUGCACAUCCUGCCCCUGGUGGGGGGAAAGGUGGAGGAGGUGAAGCGGAGACAGCACUGUCUGAUGUUCAGCUCAGCCGGGUCUCAGGCCCAGACAUACUUUGUCAACUUUGACACACUUGCAGACUAUCAGCGAUGGCACCGGCAGGCGUCAAAGGUGGUGUCUCAGACGGUAAGCCUAGUGGACUUGUCCUGCUACAGUCUGGAAGCAGUGCCUGAAUAUCUGUUUUACAGUCAGGACAUUACCCAUCUCAACUUGCGACACAACUUCAUGAGCCUGCAGGGACCUGGAGGCCUGCUCAACCUCCCCAGGUUUUCUCAGCUGAAGAGCCUGAACUUAUCUCAUAACCGUCUGGGUGUGUUCCCCGAGUGUGUGUGCGAGAUCCUCACCCUAACUGAACUCAACCUCUCCUGUAACAGUCUCCACGCCAUCCCUCUACAGAUAGGCAACCUUCAAAGCCUGCAGACGCUGUCUUUGGAUGGAAACCACCUCAGCUCCCUGCCUGAUGAGAUGGGUGGCCUGUUUCAGCUCAACAGCCUGGGGCUUUCCUUUAACAGCUUCUCUCACGUCCCUGCUGUGCUGGAGAGAUUGAGUGUAGUUGACAAGCUGGCUAUGGCUGGGAACAGAGUGGAGAGUCUGGAUUUGUGCACUCUGGUCAGAAUGAGCCACCUGAAAAACAUUGACCUCCGGCUGAAUGGAUUGCGGUGGGUGAAAAGUGAGAAUCUAGAGGUAGUGAGCCAGGUGACCCAGCUGGACUUGCGGGACAACUGCUUAGAAUCGCUAGACCUCGGCUCUGUGUGCAACCUGGAGACUCUGCACUGCCAACGCAACCAGCUGGGGACACUCACACUCAGCGGUUUCACACUGCGCAUGCUUCAUGCCAGCAGCAACCGCCUUACAACAGUCAACAUCUAUCCAGUCCCUAACCAGCUGACGCACAUGGACCUAUCACAGAACCUCUUGGAGUAUCUUCCAGACUGGGUGUGUGACUGCAGAAAAAUUGAGAUGCUGGACAUUACACGUAACCUCCUGUCGGAGCUUCCUUCCAGCAGACUGCUUAACAGCUUGAGUUUGAGGAAGCUGCUGACGGGAUACAAUCGCUUGCAAAGAGUGCCUGAACUCCUUGACCAUGUCCCUCUGGAAGCCCUGGACCUCCAGCACAACAUGCUAGCUGAGCUUCCAGAGAGUCUGUUUCUGAAGGCCUUAAACCUGAAAUACUUAAACGUGUCAGCCAAUGCCUUGGAAAGCAUUCCGCCGAGCAGCCAAUCAGAGGAGAGCCUCAGCACACUCCAGGAGCUCUACCUGACGGAGAACAACCUGAGCGAGAAUUGUGGCGCUCUGCUGAUCGGACACCAGAACCUGCGGAUCCUCCACAUUGCCUACAACCAGUUACUCUCAUUCCCUGCCAGUAAGCUAAGUAAGCUGGAACUGCUGGAGGAGCUAAAUUUAAGCGGCAACAAUCUAAAAACAAUACCCUCCACUGUGUCCAGCUGUAAGAGACUGCACACCCUCAUAGCACACUCGAACCACAUCAGCGUCUUUCCAGAGAUCCUCAACCUCCCUGAGAUCAAGCUUGUCGAUCUAAGCUGCAAUGAGCUCACUGAGAUCCAGCUGCCCGAUUCCCUGCCUGCCACUUUACAAGAGCUGGACCUGACAGGCAACAGCAGCCUGAUGCUGGAACACAAAACCCUCAAUCUCUUCAGCCACAUCACCACCCUGAAAUUAGACCAGAAAUCUACCACAACAGCAGGAGACUCUCUGAGCGCCUCUACUCCUUGGAAGCAUGGCUACUCUGAAAUGAGCGGGCAAAGGAACAAGUUGUGUGUGUCUGUGCUGGCUGUAGACCACUUCAGAGACAGCGUGGAAGCAUGCUAUGGUAUCUUUGACGGAGACCGUAACGAGGAAGUGCCUCGCCUGUUGCAGUGCACUAUGGGAGACGUGCUGUGCGAGGAGCUGCAGCACUCUAGUGUUGACAGUGUGUAUAUGUGCAACACUUUCCUCACCUCACACAGGAAACUUGGUAUGGCCGGUCAGAAGCUGGGUGCAUCUGGCCUGCUGUGUUACAUCCACCAUGAGACUUCAGAUCCAGGAGCAUCCUUUAGCCUUACUGUGGCCAAUGUGGGUACCUGCCAAGCCGUGCUGUGCCGAAAUGGACAACCUGUACCUCUCUCUAAGGUUUACAGUUUGGAGAACUGCACUGAGGAAAUGGAGCGGGUUAAAGUCAGUAAAGCCAUUAUUACAGAGGAUAACAAAGUGAGUGGAGUGACAUGCUGCUCUCGCCUGUUGGGCUGCUCUUAUCUGUCUCCCUGGGUGCUUCCAAAGCCCUGGGUGCACACUGAGCCGCUUUGUUCCCAGGAUGAGUUCUUGAUCCUGGGGAAUCGAGCCCUGUUUGAGCGAGUUUCCUACCAGGAGGCUGUUUGCACCGUGCAGGCUGUCCGGGAUCCCCGUGCUGCUGCUAAGAAGUUGUGUUCACUUGCCCAAAGUUACGGUUGCAAGGACAACAUCGGCGCUGUCGUGGUGUCCCUGCACAUUGGUGAGGACAGCUGCACAUGUGAGCCGCCGGUCACCACCACCGAGCCACGGGGCCCUGCUCCUGCUCCCGUUCCUGCGUCUGUGAUCCCGGGCCCUAGCGACCCAGCCACCAACCUCUCCUCCAGCAGUGGCAUUGUCACUGAGUUCAGCAGUGAGACAUCAGCUUCAGAGAUCGGCAGCGAAGCGGGGUCCACCGCUUCAGAUGAACCCCCGUCCUCUGGCACUGUGACCCGCCCAGAGAGACGCUGUAGCCUACACCCCGCUACCACACUGUGCGGCAUCAUGGUGCCAGGCUCAGGUGGGACCGGACCCCACCCAGGUCUAUUCCAGCAGCAGCCGUCCAGCACCACAUUCUCAAGUAACCAGUCGGACAAUGGCUUGGACAGUGAUGAUGAAGCUCCACUCGAGGGUGUCAUCUCCAAUGGCAGCAAAUUAGAAGUGGAAGUAGACAUUCACUGUUGUGCUUUUCAGCUGCGGUCGGGGCCCCAUGAGAGCCCCAAAGACUUGGACUUUGAAAAACGAGGCUUUGACCAUCCCGGUGGUAAAAUGCGCAGACAGAACAGCGUGGUGGUUUCUGCUACAAACGGCUGCUUGCUUGCUGUAUGUGGGAGAGAGAUUGCUGACCUUAAGAAAUCUCCCUCCACAUCCAGCCUGUUUGGGAAGAAGUUGUCGAAUGGUUCUGUGGUAGCCCCUGAAGACAGUCACAACCUAAUUGAGGUUGCCCUAGAGGCUCCCAAGAAAAAGUCUGGCUAUUUCACAGCUCCAGCACAGCAGGACCCAGAGGACCAGCUGAUUGUGCCUCCUAGUCUGGAGCAGGAAGUCAGGGAGCAGCUACGAGGCCAGAGCCCUCUAGUCUCAGGCCCCUCUGCACCAACCACACCCUCCUCCUUAAAAGAUCCGGUGUGGGAUCAUCCACACCCCCCAGCAUUUCCAUCCAGCCUGGUUCCAGGUCCAGGCCCGACUCCUAUCCUACAACAGGAGGUUUAUGAUACCGCCCUCUAAGGGGGAGGAUUUCUGUGAUUGUGCCAUUCUGGGACAGAAGAGUUUUCUCAUACACGAGGGAAAGUCCAGUGAAAGUUGCCAUUCAGAUACUUUGUGAGAACGAGACAAACCUGUGGCAUCUUAAUGGUCACUAAAUAAUGCCUUUUAACGUGAGGUCAAAAAAAGUGUACGGUCUGAGUAUCUGAGAGAACAAAGGCAAAAAAAAAAAAAGAUUUCAGUUUGUAACAGAACAUUGUGAAACAGAAAGCUGGCUGUAUUAGACAAAGAACAAGCCUGACCUGAAAUUGGAUACCUCGAGUGUUUGAACUCGUCAGCAGCAUUUCCCUUUACUUGGAAAGCAAAGCAAUCUGGAGGGUGUGCAAGAGAUCAUGUCAGAUCUUUUCUCCAGGAGCUCCGUUGUCUCUCAGAUCCUGGAGGGAAGUACUAUGACGGAAACAUGAAAAAGUGCCUACUACAGAAGACACAGCCUAGAGCUCCCUACAUCCUGGCUGUGUUUCAGAGACGUGAGUUUGAUAGUUGAAUUUGCAGGAUGGAUAGUGUCUCUAAGAGACCGGGACUGGCACAGCUUCGGCUCUCCUCCUCCUCCUCCACCUGUGGCUUACGAAGGAAAUCAGAGAGUCUAAAUGCUUAUAAUACACACAGAUCUGAAAACAACACAACUGCAUUUUCAUUGUGUCUGUUUUUUAUCGUUAGCAUUUCCACACCAUAUAUAAAGAAUUGUCUAUCACUCCUACAUAGUAAAGUACAAACUCACAUCUAGCGGGUGGCCGAUGUGAUGCGCUUACACUGCUGACAUUAAGACUGAAUAUUUUUUCUAUGUAGAGCAAUGCAAUAUCGAAGUCAUUUAGUUGUAAAGCAAGAGGCAAUUAGUAGAGGUUAACAACUGUUACUGCAGUAUAUUCUGUGACAGUGCAUUAUAGAAUGAGCUCCUUAAAACAUUCAUAGGAAGAUAAAAGAUUCAUUUGAAUUUAGUCAGUUUUAUGGUCACUGGAUAGUGGACUGGACAAAUGAGCUAAGACACAAAACUGAAGUAUUACAUAUUGUAAGGCCAAGAGAUAUAAAAUCAGGAUUUGUACUGCAUGUGUGAAAAUAUCCCCUCUGGUACUUACAUUUUAGUAUAUCUGAAUUUUGGAGGCUGCUUCUGCUUCUGCUUUUUAAAAUUUGACACCAUCAGUCCAUCCUGUCCCUUGAGGCAGAUUUCAUUAUUGAUGUUUUUACUUUGCAAAAUGUUUUAAAUCUUACCUCUAUAAUGCACUACACAUACAUCCAGGUGAGGUUUGGCGUGUGGUGUUUAGACCCUUAAGAGAACUGAAACCCUAUUCUCUUGCAUUUUUUUCAGUCAUCUAUUAUACACCAUAGAUAUGUGUGCAACUGACAAAAACAAAAUGCAGGAAGGACUGCCUUAUCACUGUGUUAUCUGAAAAACUACAUUAAAAGCAUUGGCAUAUUAUUUAAUUAGCUUUCUCGGUAGAAUAAAUUGACUUGGUGAAGGAACAAGUUACAGCACCUGUAUGUUUUACUAAAAACAUAAAAACAUUGAGAUUUGCUGCCUGUGUAUUGAUGACAUAUCACAAAAGGAAGAGCUUGAUGUAGCUUUUUACUUGAGCACAUUUAUGUCCACACGCCUUUGUAAUCAUAUGGCUACUUUAGUUGCGGCUACACACAGUUAAUGUACAAAUAUUAUGAGUGUCGCAGCAGUAAAAGGUGCCCAAAUAAGAAUGCACUAUUUCAGUCCCUUCCAUUAAGAAUAAGUACAACCACUGGACAGUUUGUUAGGUACACCUAUUCAGCUGUUCAUUAACAAAAAUAUCUAACUAGCCAAUCACAUGGCAGCAACUCAAAGCAUUUAGAUGUGUAGACCUCAUCAAGACGACCUGCUUAAGUUUAAAGCGAGCAUCAGAAUCGGGGAAGAAAGGUCAUUUCAGUGACUUUAAAUGCAGUGUUGCUGUUGGUGCCAGACGGGAUGGUACGAAUAUUCCAGAAACUGCUGAUUUGAGAUUUUCCCAGACAGCCACCUUUAAAGUUUAUAGAGAAUGGUCUGAAAAAGAGAAAAUAUCCAGUGAGUGGCAGUUCUCUGUGGAAAAAUUCCUUGUUGAUGUCAGAGGUUAGGCGAGAAUGGGCAGACUUCUUUGAGCUUAUAGGUAAACAGCAGUACCCCAAAUAACCACAGAUUACAACCAACAUAUGCAGAAGAGCACCUCUGACUGCAUGACACAUUGAACCUUUAAGAAGAUCCACCUUGGGUGACAUUACUGUGAGCUAAGAACACGUUGUGUUAGCUCCCCAAACAUGCACAACAAAAGAAGGGAAAACGUUGCCUUGUUUGAUGAGUCUUGAUUUCUGUGGCAACAUUCAAGUGGGAGUGUCAGAAUUUGAUGUAAAUGGCAUGAAAGGAUGGGUUCAUCCUACCUCGCAUAAACAGUUAAGUCUACUGCUGGUGGUGUAAGGGUGUGGGAGGUAUUAUUUCUUCAUAGUUAAUACCCAUGGAGAUUUGUUUAAACACCACAGUCUACCUGAGUCUCGUUGCUGACCAUGUCCAACCCUUUAUGAGUACAUUGUACGAAUCUUCUGAUGGCUGCUUUCAGAAAGAUAACGUCAAUUCCUUCAAACUGGUUUCUUGAACAUGUCAAUGAGUUACUUUACUCAAAUGGCCUCC